AUGGACUUCUCUGAAUUUCUUGUCACGCUGCUGCUGGUAUGUCUUCUCACCUAUGAAUCCUAUGUCGAAGCAGCAUCGGUGGACCAAGAUUUCUUAAGAACUUGUCCAUCUCACCGAUGCAACAAACAUGGACCCAAGAUCCGGUUCCCCUUCCGGCUUUCAACCGACCCACCAUCAUGUGGCGCCCAAGGCAUGCAGUUAUCGUGCUCCGGGGAUGACACAAUCCUGGAUCACCAUGUUCUUGGCUCCUGCAGAGUUACUGAGAUCUAUUACAGGCACCGUGUCAUCAACGUCAUCCCGCUUGUGGAACCAUCGAUGCAAUGCCCAGUUCAGAAGCUCAUCUCAACAAACUUAGCAACUGAUGUGUACAAACAACCUCAAUCAUCACAAGUUACAACCCUGGUACGUUGUUCAAGAGGUUUCACACCAGUAGAUCAAUAUAGUAUAGUAGGCCCAGCCUCUUGUCUCAGUAACAACACUAGGCAAUUCUGGUAUUUGGCAUCAGCUUCCGCAUACAUGUCUGACCUUCCACGGGACUGCAUGGCCAUUUCUAAAGGCAUCUCGAUACCCUUCACCUAUGAUAAAAGAGGGCCAAACUCAGAUGACUUCGCUUUCAACGAAAGAGGAAAUGGAGUCAUCAACUUUGGUGAAACAACAUUCACUUGGCACCUCAAUAACAUUACAGAUGUCUGCCAACAGUGUGAACAUGAAGGUCGACACUGUGGAUUCAGCUCACGAAGGCGUCAAGCAUUUUGCCAGCACCAUGGUAUACAGGUCAUCCCAAUUGCAGCAUCAUCUGUCGCUGCAUUUGUAGUUCUUUCGUUGAUGGUGACCACCGCGAUCUAUCUCUCCUUGAAGUCAAGGUACAAUGAAGAAAUAAAUAUGAAAGUUGAAAUGUUUCUCAAGGCAUAUGGCACAUCAAAACCCACAAGGUACACUUUCCCUGAAGUUAAGAAGAUAGCAAGACGGUUCAAGGAUAAACUAGGCCAGGGUGGAUUUGGAAGUGUAUACAAAGGCGAGCUACAAAAUGGAGUGCCUGUGGCAGUCAAGAUGCUAGAGAGCUCUAAAGGAGAGGGAGAGGAAUUCAUCAAUGAAGUUGCAACCAUUGGACUAAUCCACCAUGCAAAUAUUGUCCGCCUCAUGGGCUUUUGCUCUGAAGGAACAAGACGGGCGCUGAUUUAUGAAUACAUGCCUAACGAGUCACUGGAAAAAUACGUAUUCUCACAUGUUUCUAACAUUUCUCGACAACUACUAGCACCCACCAAAAUGGUAGAUAUUGCUUUAGGUGUUGCCCGAGGAAUGGAAUACCUACAUCAAGGCUGCAACCAACGCAUUCUCCACUUUGAUAUCAAGCCACACAACAUUUUGCUGGACUACAACUUCAAUCCUAAGAUUUCAGACUUUGGCCUUGCAAAACUGUGUGCAAGGGACCAAAGCAUCGUUACCUUGACUGCAGCAAGAGGCACGAUGGGAUACAUCGCACCGGAGCUAUACUCUCGGAACUUUGGAGGGGUAUCGUACAAGUCAGAUGUCUACAGUUUUGGCAUGCUGGUAUUGGAAAUGGUGAGCGGGCGGAGGAAUUCAGACCCAAGUGUUGAGAACAAGCAUGAGGUAUACCUCCCAGAGUGGAUUUACGAGAAAUUAAUCACUGAGCAGGAAUUGGUCGUUUCUUUGGAAAUGACAGCAGAAGACAAAGAAAAGAUGAGGCAGCUGACUAUCGUGGCACUGUGGUGUAUCCAAUGGAACCCGAAGAAUCGGCCAUCAAUGACAAAGGUGGUAAACAUGUUAACAUGGAGGUUGCAGAACCUGCAGAUCCCCCCUAAGCCCUAUGUGUCGUCUGAAAAUCGUCCUAUGCCACAAAACAGGACGAACGCAUGA